AUGGCAGGACCCAUCAAUUGGAUGUCGAAUUCCAAAGACUCAAGGUAUGUAGAAGGAAGUGGUAAACGGAGAGAACCUACAUUCAGACCGAUACCACUUCCCACAGAGAUGGAUCACAACUCGAUUCCCGUGCGCAAUCGGUGGAAAAAAAUGGGAAAAAAUCAACAGGUUCGGCGCGUUUUCGUUCCCGCUGGACUUUCAAUGUUUGCCGAGACGAUGCGUGCGUGUUUAGAGGAGCAUCACGGAAGGGUGUUUUCUUCGUUCUCCGAAGUUGUUAACAACAGUAUCCCAUUCUGGGAUAAGCUUAGUGAUAGUGACCAAGAAGGCUGGACGGCAAGAGCUCGUGUGGAAAAGAAAAACGACCACUACAUUUACAUCCGUAAGGCUCGCGAGAAAGUUUGCAUCGAACAGAAAGUGAUAGCUUCCCAACUCAGUGACUACGAAAGCGAUCCUGAUGAAUUGCCAGGAGAAAUUUGCAUUGUCAAGUCCUCUGAACGGCUUGUGUAUGCAUACUACCAAUGUCACUUGCACAAUAGUGGCAAGGAGGAAGAUGACAUCAAGUGGCAUUUUCAUAUUUGGAGCUUCACACAUGAAGUCAUUGCCCGAUGA